AUGACGCUCGCUUUGAGAACACCAUGGACGGUAUGGGGAAUACACAGACCACCUUCAUCGAAGAUUGUCGAUUAUGAGAAAGAUUUGAUAAAAGUAGCUUCAUUUGAUUCCGUAGAAUCGUUCUGGAAUACCUACUCAUACCUUAAUCCUCCAUCUACGCUACCAGUUGUUACAGAUUACCAGCUCUUCCGCUCCGGGGUCAGACCUGUAUGGGAAGAUCCAGAGAACAUAAAAGGUGGUAAAUGGAUACUCAGGCUGAAGAAGGGCAUUGUCGAUCAGCUCUGGGAGGAUCUCGUGCUCGCCAUCAUUGGUGGUAGUAUAGCGGGCGGCACAGAUGACAUUUGUGGUGCUGUCGUCUCAAUUAGAGCUGCGGAGGAUAUAAUUAGUGUAUGGAUUAAGAGAGAAGAUCCACUGUUGAUCGAUAGUGUGAAGGAAGAAAUAUACAAGGCACUUAACCAAACACCUGCUAAUUUAGAAAUGCAAUACAAAUCGAACUCUGGUCAGUCCUCUCCUCGUCGAUUUCUUAUCUAA